AGCCAAUCCUCCCAGCCCCGCCCCUUCUCUGCUCCUCUUCUGCCUGCUCCCGGUCAGGUGUCUGCGCUACAGCGACGUCAACUUUCCGUUUGGGAAACUGAUUUCACUUUGUGUACGGACAAACGCAGCCAAGGCCAUGCUCAGGCGGAUAUUACAAAUGACUCCUGGGAAAGCUGGCUCCCAGAAUGCAGAGUCAGAGCAACCCAGCACAGAUGUUAACCAUGACCAAACCUCUGAGGGCUUCAUCUGUCCUCAAUGCAUGAAGUCCCAUAACUCUGCAGAGGAAUUGUUCAAGCACUACGAGCUGUUCCAUGACACGGGAGACCUUCCUGCUCAUGUGGCCCCUACAAGGGAGGACCUCACAAUGUUACGGCAGGAGGUGCAAGACCUUCAUGUCUCGCUUAAGGAAGAAAGAUGGUUCUCUGGUGAGCUGAAAAAAGAGCUAGACAAAGUUCAAGGACACCUGAAGCAAAAUGACGAACAGAUGAGUUCCGAGGAUUCAGUAUUAGAAAAGAAGUUGAAUGAAGCAGAGACAGAAAAGUUCAACAUUAAGCAGAUGAAAGACCUUUUUGAACAGAAGGCUGCCCAGCUGGCCACAGAGAUAGUAGACAUAAAGUCCCGCUAUGAUGAAGAAAGAAGUUUGAGGGAAGCUGCUGACCAGAAGCUUUCGAAACUAACUGAACAGCUGCAGCAGGAGAAAAAGGCGACAGAGGGACUCCACACUGAACUGCUGCAGCGGCCCGGAGUGGAGGAUGUCGAGGUAUUGCAGAGGGAGCUUGUGCAGGUUCAAACACUGAUGGACAGUAUGACCCGUGAGAGGGAGGAGGAGUCAGAGCGCCUCAGAAACCACUAUGAGAAACUCCAGGCUAAUUUCACUACCUCAGAGAUUUGUAAAUUGGAGAUGACCAUAUCCCAACUGAGAGCAGAGCUGCAGAAGGGUCCACAGGAAGCAGCGGUCUACACACAACAGAUCCACCAGCUACAGAGUGACCUGAAUAAUGUCCAACAGCAAAGUCAGAGUCUUUCUGAAAAGCUUGCACACAAAGAGAAGAAGUAUCAGGAGAUGGAGGAAAAACUAAAGACUGAAAAGGCUGCCAGAAAGGCAGGUCAAGAAAGCCUGAGAGAAAAAGAGCAAGCGAUCUUGGAGCUGCAGACCAAAGCCACCGGGUUAGAGGAGUCCAUGCACAAGGCCCAUGUAGAGCUGGGAGAGAAAGCUGAAGAGGUGGCCAAAUUGAAGGGAGAGAUCACCGAGCUGGAGGUGAAACAUGCAGAAAUGAAGGUUGAGAGGAAGCAGUUGGAGCAGCAGAGGGAAGAGAAGGACAACCAAGGUGCUCACCAGCAGACUGAAAUCAGUCAGCUGCAUGCAAAACUACUGGAGGCAGAGAGGCAAGUGGGAGAACUCCAAGGUCGUCUAAAAGAACAGAGGCAGCUGUCUGGGGAGAAACUGAAGGACCGAGAGCAGCAAGCAGCUGACCUGCAGCUUAAACUCUCCCGUGCUGAAGAACAGAUGAAGGAAAGUGCCAGUAAGAACACAGACCUGCAGCACCAGCUGGAGAAAGCCAAGCAGCAGCAUCAGGAACUGCUGGCACUACAGCAGAAUACCAACGGUAAACUACGCGAGUCUCAGAACGACCUGGAGCAGGUGUUGCGCCAGAUUGGAGAUAAGGACCAGAAGAUUCAAAAUCUGGAAGCUCUGCUCCAGAAGGGUAAGGAGAUCGUGAGCCAGCUGGAAGCCGAAAGAGAAGAUUUGUGUGCCAAGAUCCAAGCUGGAGAGGGAGAGACUGCUUUGCUUAACCAACUCAAAGAGAAAAAUCACACACUACAAGAACAAGUAUCCCAGUUGACAGACAAGUUGAAGAACCAAUCUGAGAGCAACAAACAAGCCCAGGAUAACCUACACAAACAAGUUCAGGAGCAAAAAACUCUCCUGCGUUCUUCACAGGAUCGAGCCCACACGCUGGAGACUUCUGUCACUGAGAUCACCGCUCAGCUGGAAGACAGCAAGGACAAGGUGACCCAGCUGGACUCUCAGCUGAAGGCAAAAACGGAGAUGUUGCUGUCCACAGAAGCCGCAAAGGCUGCACAGAAGGCCAACCUAGACAACAACCUGGAAUCUGCUCAGCAUGCACUACAGGAUAAGCAGCAGGAGCUGAAUAAAGUAGAAAAAAUCAUGGAAGAGCAGGCACAGAGGCUCAAGGAACGGCAGGAGCAAUGCACUCAGCUGGAAGCUUCCUUGAAGGAGCACAAAGAUAAACUUCUGGCCUCGGAGCAGCAUGCAGAAAAGCUGGAAGGGCUCAAUAGGAAACUGGAGAUACAGAUAGGGGAUGUGCAAGCUGCACGGGAGCAGGCACAGCAAGAAGUACAGGAUCUGCACAAGGGAGCAUCGCAGGUCAAACAGAAAGCUAAGGAGCUCCAGAACUUUCUGGACAAGGAAAAAGCAAGAAAUGUCACCCUGCAAGAGGAAAUAGGGACCAAGACUUCCUCUUUGAGUGACAUCCGUAAACAGUUGGAGAGCUGUGAGCAGGAGAAAGGUGCCCUCAAGCUCAGUGUGGUCAAGCUGACCCAGGAAGGGAAGACUCAGCAUGCAGAGUUGGAGAAGAAGGCACAGAGUCUGGCUGCAGACUUCCAGAAGGCCCAGCAGGAGAAAGAGGCUCACAAGAAGGAACUGGUCUCCACUCAGGAAAGUCUCGGCAAGACCAGAAAAGCCCUGAAGGAAUGUCAGAGUCAACUGGACACAGAGAGAAAGAAUCAUAAGGGAGCCAUGGAGGAAAAGGAGAAGUCGAGUGAAAAGACAAAGCAGGACCUUUUGAGGGAUAAUGAGAGCGUCUCAAAGGCGUUGAAGGAUUCCAAAGAGCUGCUUGAGCAGACGAGACAGGCAGAGAAGGAGCUGAAAGGACAACUGGUGUUGCUGCAGCAGCAGCACUCAAAGACUCAGGAGGUGCUGCAGGAAAAUGAACAAAAGGUGGAGAAGCUGCUAGGUCAACUAAAAACGGAAAGAGGAAGCUUUGAGGAAGACAUGAAGAAGCUGAUGGGACAAGUGGCUGAGCUGCAGGAAGUCAAUGCUAAGAAAGUGGAGGAAGAACACCAGCUCAAGGAGGAGGUGUCAAAGGUCAGCAAACAACUGAUGUCUGAGAAAAACCGCACAGAAGAACUGCAGAAGGCCUUGGAAAAAAGUAAAGAAGGCCUCACUAAGCUCCAGUCGGACUACUACGGCAAAGACUCUGAAGUGUCAGCACUACGCCAAGACCUCAAAGUAGCGGAAGACAGGCUACAUUUGAACCAGGAGGAGCUUGCUGCUAACCAGACCCAUCAGACAGUCCUAGAGACUCAGAUCCAGGAGCUGAAGAAGAGUCACAGUUCUCUGGAGCAGGACGUUAGCAGUCGAGACAAAAAACUUCAGCAGCAGGAAAAGGCUUUGAAAGAUCUCCAGAAGCAACAGGCUCAAGUUAAAGAAGACCUGGACAAGGAGAGGAACAAAAUGGAGGAGCUGCUGAAAGCCAAAAGUAAUCUGGAGAAGAACAACAGCAGACUGACAUCAGAGAUGAAAUCACUGACAGAGAAGAAGGACAAGGAGCUGCAUGGGUUGCAGGAAGCCAAGCAGUUGUUGAUCCAGCAGAAACUGGAGCUGCUGGGCCAGGUGGAGGCUGCACAAAGUGACCUCCGACAAGAACAGGAAGCACACCGGGCCGCCAGGGACAGCAAGAGCCAGAGAGAAGAGCAGCUCCUCGCCAAAACCAAGGAUCUCCAGGAUCAACUGGCGGUUGAAAAGCAAGCCAGGGGAGAGCAGGUGAAGCGCGGAGAGGAAGCAGAGGCUAAGCUUGGCGUCCAGCUGACGGCUCUGAAUGAAAACGUGGCCACGCUGAAGAGAGAGUGGCAAGGCAGCCAGCGACGAGUCUCAGAGCUCGACAAGCAGACGGACGAGCUCAGGGGAGAGAUCGCCGUGCUGGAGGCCACCGUACAACACAACCAGGAUGAGAGACGUGCGCUUUUGGAACGGUGUGUGACGGGCGAAGGCGAGAUGGAGAAGCUGCAGGCCAAGAUGCUAGAAAUGAGGCGGAAGCUUGACGACACGACUGCAGCCAUGCAGGAGCUAGGCCGAGAGAACCAGUCUCUGCAGAUUAAGCAGUCCCAGAGUCUGACCAGGAAGUGGACAGAGGAUAACGAGGUGCAGAACUGCAUGGCGUGUGGAAAAGGCUUCAGUGUCACUGUCAGGAGGCAUCACUGCAGACACUGCGGAAACAUUUUCUGCGCCGAGUGUUCGUCAAGAAACGCCCUGACGCCGUCCUGGAAGAAACCAGUUCGGGUGUGUGAGACGUGCUUUGAGGAGCUCCAUGGUUGACUUGGCCCUUCUUGCCCUCCUUCCUUCCAUCCCUCGUCUGAAAAGGCCGCCGCCUGUCUUUCUCCCAUCAAACGUGCACUAUAAGAGGACUAAAGUGUGUCCACUCCCACUCACAUGUGACUUCCUGGUGUGGCCUGGAACGUUUGUGAACUUUCACAGAGAAGAACAGGCAUGAGAAAGAAAAUCACCAACGACAGAAGUCACGUGGGAGCAGCUGGGAUUAUGUUUUUGUGCCUUUGCUCAUCCUGUGAACUGCCACAAGGUGGCGACAGAGAAAAGAAAACACCUUUGGCUUUAAGAGCUUUUCAUCUGCUGUUGUACUUAGUCAAAGUGUUGGCAAACACAGCUGACCCGCAAACGUAAACACAACUAACUAUUUAGUCACAAACCGUCACGUCUAUUAUUUUAGGACGACCGCGUCUCACUACUGGAGAACUAACUGUUGAAAUUGGAGAGGAACGUUAACACUUGUUUUCUUUAAUUAACAUAAAACAUCUAACGCUGACGUCAGAUCACUUGCUGCAUCUUGCUCUGACUGAAUAUACGAAAUAUUUGACAAUUAUUGUACAUUGUGACCAAAGAAUGUUUCAAAAGGAAAGCAACAUUUCAUGUUUCAGUAUUUUAUCAGAUGUUUUCCUUCAAAUCCACAUCUUUAAUCCAUGCACAGCAUGUAUGAUCUUUUUCUUUUCUCUUAUUUCUGUGCAUUCAUUUUUUUCAAGAAGGUAGUGUUUUUUUUUAAACUGGUAAUGCAGUCAUUAAAUGUGCCUGCAUGUGGAUUCUUUUUCUGCUGCUUGGUAAUUCUCAUUCACUACUGCCGGAUUGUGUGUGUGCGUGUGUGUUGUGCUUUAUAGCAAUAAGUAGUUGUGUGUGUGUGUUUAAUGUUGGCCUACCGUCGUGAUGCACAUUGUAAGACCACCUGCCAAUCAGAACAUCAGUGCUGCCUUCAGGUGCAGUAAUUAUGUUGACUUGUCUGUCAUGCAGCUUGUUUAUAUAAUUUAUGACUGCAGUCAAAUAUUGUCUUUAGUCACUUCUUCCUUAGUGCUGUUGUGUAAGCACUGAAGCAGGCUGGAACAAUAAAAAGAUAAAACAAUUACUAAAGAAUGUCCAUCUCAGCUUCAGGAACCCUCUUGUAUUAUUUAUGUCUACCUCAGAUUGGCAGUAAAAGACACAUCCAGAGCCCACCUUCUCAUGUACACUGAGGUUGUACAAAUUCCAACAACAUUAUGUAUAGAAUAACAUGUAUGACAUUACCUUGACAUGUUUUAACCAGAUAAAAGGAUGUCACAUGUUCACAUCAGUUGUACUUUUUUUUUGUUGUUUGUUUACAGCACGCACAAACCACAUGUAACCGAAUGUUCUUUUUGGUUUGUGUCCACUAUUGCACACGCUAACUGGCAUAAAGUAGUGUCAUGCUGGCAGUGGUCCUAUUUGGUGUGUGCCUUCAUGCACUGUUGUGUUACGUUACUACUGUACAUGUCAUCCAUGCUCACGUGAAUCGGUUCAUUUUCUAAUUUAUCACUACAAACUAAAUAAAACAUUCAGUAUGUUUACA